AUGCAGCAUCACUGCCUUGACCGAGGCGACCCGGACGAGGUUGACGGCGCCGUGUCCUUCGAGGGUCAACGAGUGUCCUAUGACGAAGCCAGUGACCGCAUGCGCUGCAUUUACACGCCCAAGCUUCUUUUCCAGAGCUCCUCGGAGCUGCGCAACUACGGGUUCUGGGGCUUCACGACCGGGUCCGAGUUUCCAGAACUCUCGCCAGCCGACGCCGCGCAGCUCGAUGCCGGUGCCGUGCACGCGCUUGUCGAUGUGCGGCCGAUUUCGAUUCCCGGUGUCGGAGAGCAGCUCGGAUUAUUUGCGACGGCGCCGAUCGCUGGCGACACGCUCAUUGGUGAAUACACGGGCGUCGUCCAGGUCGACCGAGGCGACGGCUUUGACAGCUACGGCCUCGCUUACCCGUCGGUCUUUGAAGAUGGCAACAUGGUUGUGAGCGCAAACGAGUACGGCAAUAUCAUCCGGUGCGUGAACCACAGUUUCCGUCACUUCAACUGCCGGCUUGCGUCCGUCCUCCACCGCGGCUUCCUGCACAUCGUCUGCAGAACGCUGGAGCCGAUUGCUCCCGGGACGCAGCUUCUUGUCAACUAUGGUCCGUCGUAUUGGAAGGAGGCUGGUGUCACUCCCUUCGAGUGGUUUGCUGAUGCUGCAGAUAGUCAAAACUAUGCUACUACGUAA